AUGUGUGCCGCGCGCGAAGACUCGGCGCCGUGCGCCGUUCCGUCCAAGCUUUGGCGCGAAUGCCUGAAGCAGUAUGACUAUGGACCAGACAGGCCGAAGGGCGCCUGCGAGGCGCACCGCACGAAGUUCUACGACUGUGUCAAGGACUGGACGGCGCGGACGCAGCACAAGUCGUACUCCCACACACAGUUCGAACUCCCCAAGUCGUGCGGUCACGAGGCGGAAAAACUGCACCAGUGCAUGAUGAUGAACAUGUUUGAGGUGAGCCACUGCCAACGAGAUAUGGCGGUGCUAAAGCGGUGCGCGGCGCGUGCCGACCCGGAGGUGCGCAAGUACCUGCAAGACGAUGAGGCGAUCGCGGGUCUCGAUAACGACAUUGAGGAGGCUACUGGACUGAAGCGCCUCUGGUACAAGGCGAUUGGUAAGCUCUAG